CGUCUUGAUUCACAAUGGUCAUCAGGCAGAUCUUUUGUCAUGUUAAACAUAGAAAAAUGUCCCCGCCUUGGACUCCCGUACUGCCACUGACUGGAGCGGUCCAAAAGUCCAGAACCCGCCUCAAAAGAGCAAUACGAGCGGAAGACAUGGCAGCAUCGUGAGUGCGCCUAGAUUAAAAGUUGCUGUGGGAAAAAACGCACUUCUGCCCGGCUGUGCCGCGUUUUUCGAGUCUGAAGCUGUGCCCCAGGGAACGUUGCCGACAUCAUGAAAGAAGUUAAAUGGGCAUUUCUACUAAUUAUAUCUACUGCAGUCAUUGCGCAUGUAUAUCUUCUACUGCGGUUCGUUCCAAGGAUCCACUCAAGAAACUCAAGAACGAAUACGUCCCCUCAAAGCCUUUCGCAAAGCAAUGUCAGUCAUGUAGAAGGGCGGCCUCACCGUUUGGAACGUGACGAGAACUCUCACAGCGAAACACUGGUGCCACGCGCUCUUGUCGAAAAGCCCAGGAAGAUAGAAGUGACGAAUGGGGCAACGCACUCGGGCCCAUGUUUUUACAGGAUCCAGGUGUACAACAGAGGGGAAAUACUCACCAAGCACAGACCAGCCCUCAAAACCAUCGUGGAGCAAUCUCACGGGAAGGCGGACGUCAGAGCCAAUGUCUCGUGUAGCAACGACUGCAUCGUUGAGCUCACAAUUGCCGGGGAUGAGAACAAGUUCGCUGGCAUGGAUGCUGUCGUCUUCCACUUCAUGAAGAAUCUCAUCCCGAGGCCCCACCCCCCAGCGGGCAUGAACCCCAACCAGACGUGGGUGUACUUCUCCUGGGAGUCGCCUUGGUCCAACGCUCACGAGGGCGGGAACAUCGCCAAGUUACCGGUCCACGUCGUCUGGACGUAUUACCGAGGGUCCGAUCUCACCCUCCCUUACGGGUACUACGACCCUAAAAGCACGCCCAUGGCAAGGGAAACAAAAUCGAUGGACGAAUGGCUACAGGGAAAAACCAAACUCAUUGCCUGGAUGGCGAGUAAUUGCAAAAAUACUGUCUGGCCCAGGAGUGGUUUCGUGAGAGAAAUGCAAAAGUACAUUCAAGUGGACGUGUAUGGGGCUUGUGGAAAACUGAAGUGCACACCAAGUUGGGACACAAAAUGUACCGUCGACUUGGUGCGCCAAUACAAGUUCUAUCUCUCCUUGGAGAAUGCCGAGUGCGAGGACUACAUCACGGAGAAACUCUGGAACAAGCCGUUGACACAAGGGGUGGUCCCUAUCGUCUACGGUCCCACAAGGAAAGUCUACGAGGACCUGCUUCCUCCCAAUUCCUUCAUUUACAUCGGCGAUUACAAAAGCAUGAAGGAAUUGGUCGACUAUAUAAAGCUGUUGGACUCCAAACCCGAACUGUAUGUGGAGUAUUUGAAAUGGCAAUAUAAGGGCAAUGUGGGUGUUAACCAGGUAAUGCACGAAUCCUACGACCCGGGCAUAUUCUGCAACCUGAUUCCGUUCAUCGACAAGGUAAAAAGGGACAAGUUGAGACGAAUACCCGUGGGCAAAAGUACUUUUUCGAAAACAUGUAGAAAACGUGAAAAACUACAGUUUCAAAAUGUUUCGGCCUUUGGCCUCGGUGGAUGGGAACCUUGGUAAUUUUUUGGGGUAAAAAUUUUACUGAUUCCAUCAAUUAAAAAACUCAAUUAAAAGAAUAGAAAAAUAUCGACCGUAUUCUUUCUUGUCAACUCACGAUAGUAACGAGCACUGUUGCAACAGUUUCUAUAAGAGCAAAGUUUGAGGGUCCGUAUCUCUUGGAUUCUUUUGUUUUUGUGUACACAGGAAUUUCCAGUCUCCUUCUCAUUAGAACAUGGUUUUGAUUAUAAGAAAAAAAAUCCUCGUCUGGUCGGCCUCUUAUUACUCUUUUCACAGUGUUGAUAUUAUGACAAAGUGGUAUUUGAAAUAAAACAUCGUCUGGUAAAUAUUAUAAAA